UAUUGAAGACACUUUAAACACGCCUUAAAACAAAUCACCGGAACUCCCUUCUUUUCUCUCUCUCUUUUUCUCGCUCCGAACUAAAUCGGGGAUUCGAAAACUCAGGAUCGUCCAAGGUCAUCUUCAGAAAUUUUGAAGCUCAUUUUUCUACUGUUAAUUCAUCUAAGUUUUUUUUUUUUCGGAGAAUAUUUGAUUGAAAGUUUUUCUAGGGUUUCUGGACGUGUUUAAUUAAUGGCUGCUCCACCUGCGAGAGUUGCGCUGUUUAUGAUUAUCUAAUCAAUCUCCUCUGAAUCGGCGAUAGUGGUAAUGUACUUGCUGAAUUUGUUAAGAACCGGCAAUUUCCAAGAACAAAGAGAAUGGGUGACAGUGAUGAAGACGAUACGUUCUACUACCGGUACUCCACCCCCACAGCUGCUCACUCUACUGCUGCCGCCUCGACCACCACCAAGCACAGCAGUGGAAGCGGUGGCUUGGCUCCCUCAAAGUCAACUGUUUAUGUUAGCAACAUCGAUUACAACCUCACCAACUCUGACCUCUUCACCAUUUUCUCCACCUUUGGAAAAGUCGCUCGUGUCACCAUCCUUAAGGACCAAGCCACUCGCCGUAGCCGUGGCGUCGCCUUUGUCCUCUUCAUCUCCCGUGAUGACGCUGUUUCCGCUGCCCGCCAGAUGAAUGAAAAAAUCCUCAACGGCCGAACCCUAAGAGCUUCGAUUGCCUCAGACAACGGACGUGCAGCUGAAUUUAUUCGCCGUCGUGUUUAUAAGGACAAGUCCAGAUGUUAUGAGUGUGGGGAGGAAGGCCAUCUGAGCUAUGAGUGUCCCAAGAAUCAGCUGGGUCCCAGAGAGCGCCCUGUUCCUAAGAAGGGGAGGAGAGAGAAAGAGCAGAGGAGGAAGGAGGAUGAUGAAGAGGAGGGGAGAGAAGGGGAUGAGGAAGAGGUUGCGUUUGAGGAGGAUAAUUGGGCUUCUGUGGUUGACAGUGAUGCUGAUCAAAGGUUGUUAAUGGGGCAUGAAGAACAACAGAGAUUGGUGAAAGGGAAGAAGGUGAAGAAAGCUAGCUAUUUCAGCGACGAAAGUGGGGAAGAGGAUUGUACAUAUUGUAUUUAGGUUGUCACAUAUCUACUUCAAGUCGCACUAUUAGCGUUACAAUUGAUUGGGAGGUGCUGAGAAGAGAGGCAAAAGGCAGUUGCUCAUUAGGCCUUCCUCAAAAGUGAUUAUCAAGUUUUUCAUUGUCAUGCAAAAAAACAUGGGCGUGGUAUGAUCUUUUCAUACAGCUGUCAAUUUGUCAUUACUGGCUCGGUCUCUUUGGGGGAAUUAUAUUUAAUAGGUCGUCAGUCCUUACUUUUUUUUUUGCUGUAUGUAUCAUUAAUUGGCUGUUGUGUGUUGCUUUCUACAGGUUACAUUGGAGAAUUUGAGUAUGUCGAUGACCGCAGAUCCGGAAAGAUAGUGAUUGAACUGAAUGGAAGAUUAAACAACUGUGGUGUUAUCAGCCCUCGUUUUGAUGUUGGUUAGUCCACACCGGUUUAGAUUCUUGAGAAUGAGACUGAGUGUUGGAGUUAUGACCCCUCAGCUUUCACCGGCACUUGGACUGGCCUUUCCGUAGUAUGCUGGUAUACGCUUUAAGAAAAAGAAAUGGCCUUACCCUCCUCCUUGUCCUCCUGUUUAGAUUUGAAUUUGAAUGGUUUGAUGCUAAAAUGAUACCCCCAUUUGUGGUAUGCGGGGCAUUCAAUGUGGCACAUUUUAUGAUCUGCAACAUCUAGCAGAAAUGAAGGCUGAUGAAUGUGGUAUUAAAGGAAAUUAGAUGAAAUAUACUAGGAGCUAUACCCAAAGCUCCUCACCAAUCACCAUAUCUGGAUUGUAGGGCUUGAUUAACAGUUGUUUGCUGAUAGCUGUUUGGACCCAAAUCUGGUUAUAUGUAACGUUGUCCCCCAUUAUUUGUUUUACCCUAUUCUUAAAUUACAGUAAGGAAGUUUAAUCAUGUAGUACUUCUAGCAGGAUAUGUUGUGCAGAUACUCACGCGGUUUAA